UAUGUCGACAGUCUUGAAUAGGUACGGAAGCGCGGCAAUCGGUAAUAAACGAAAUGUUCUAUCAAAUGCUAAUUGGUGCUUGGAUAUUUAUUUGACUGGAAUAAGUUAUAAAUAAGCAGUUUGCGUUUGUCAAAUAUACAAACACAUUGUAUACGUUUGAAUUAAGCGGCGGAAAUUUAGGCAAAUAUUUAUUUGCUUUCGGCAAACGGAAACGAAGCCAUGAGAAAAAGGGAAGAAUCGCAAAGAAACGAUACAAAAUUUAUGGCACACUGGACUUCCGUAUUUUAUUGAAUAAUGGAUGUUUGUAUCGACGACGUCAGCACGGCCUGUUUAAUAUAUAAUCAAUCGGGUCGGCUUGAAUUCUGCAGUAAAUAUUUGAGCCAGGCCGCGUUUAGUUCAGAAUAAUUUUAAAAUCAAACAAAAUAAGAUAAUUAUUUCUGGAAUAUUUUUUAUAUUAUUCAAAUGAAAAUAAAUUCUUGGUACCCAUGGCAGGUUUUCGGAAUCAUGGUAUUGGCCCUUGUAGACCAUACAGUCGCACAGACAAAUGCACUGACCGAUGCUGAAAUUAGCAUAAUGCGAGCGUACGGGAUAAGCGUCACUAUAAACAACAACAGUACCAUCACGAUCGCGCACGACGGCUUACCGGAUCAUUCAUUUGAAGGAGGUUGGGGUAAUAACCCAAACCAACCUUCUGAACAGAAUUAUUCUUUUCUUAUCCCGCGUCUUGCAACGGUCGCAACGGAACCUAAUUGCGUCGGUCAGCUUGGCGUUAUCGGCUUAUCUCUGACCGGUGCAGCAUUCUACAACCCGUACACCGGACAAGGAAAUAACGCCGUGGAGGGGGAUUGUCAGGAAACGUUUGAUGCUUGUUCCGGUCACCCGUCACCAGAUGGCUCGUAUCAUUAUCACAAGCUUCCUGCCUGCAUCUACAAUGGCACCGGUACUGAACUGCGAAACAAGCUUCUUGGAGUAUCCUUUGAUGGCUACCCUAUCUAUGGGCCGAUGGACAGUACCGGGAAGAACUGGACUUCGCUGGAACUGGACGAAUGCCACGGACACACCGACAGCGUUCUCGGACGCUACAUCUACAGAGCCACGACUGAUUUUCCAUAUUUGUUCGGGUGUUAUCACGGCAUUCCUCUUACGACGUCCAUGAGUACAGGAACUGGGAUGGGAUCUGGAACGGGGACAGGAACCGGAAAUGGAAUGCCGCAGCCUCCGCCCGGCGGAAGGAAACGCCGCGAAAUCGCGACUUUUAAGUACGAGUUUGUUAGGCAUGACGCGGAGACCAACCGCAUCCGGUACAAGCGUCAGGUGGUGUCUACAAACGCGUGCCUUCAGAUAGAGAACGCCGACUGGGAGCAAAAGACCUGCUACGCUUGGUGCAACAACCCUAGCGAGAAGUAUGAUGACUGUCCGUACGGUCCUUAUGACACUUCUGACGGGGCUGCAAGUCUCUCGGCGACUUUGGCAACUGUUUGGACGCUCGUCUUUAGCGCGGCAUAUUUUAGAUUUGUUUAACUCAGUUAUAUUUUUGAUGACUUUUUGGAAGUUUGACCUCAUUGUGGUAGUUUUGAUGAUAUUUUUUUAUAAAUCAAUGUGUAUGAC